AUGGACCCCCACCAGCUGGCACAGGCCGCACUCAGCCUCCCGCCCCUCCUCCACGUCGCAAAGGCAAAGCCCCACCCGCCCCCGCUCAUCUUCCGGCACUCCCUCUUCCUCUUCCCCCUCUUUGUCGCCGCCUCCAUCCUCAUCCUCCUCCUCUCAUGGGCCAUCCCAAAGCUCUACAGGGCCACCAAGUCUAAGUUCAGCAAGCACGAAUACGAGGCAAUCCUCGCGCGCGAUGACGAGCUGGGCGUAGAGACCGAGGCCGUCGAGGUCGUCGCUGCCCCGCCGGCCAUGCCGUCUGGUGGACUCUUGGACGACUUCAAGAAACACGUCCGGUCCAUGCGAGAAUAUGGCACGGUACUCUUUGCUCUCGAGGUCGUCCGUACGCUCUGUCUCUGUGCGCUGCUCGGCCUCAGUAUCUAUGCGACCAUCCUCGCCGAAUCGCCGGUGGAAAACAGCACAGGCCUCGGCGAUGUGGAUAUUUUAAAAAAACACUGGAAAGGCAAAAAGGGCAAAAAGAGAAAGCACCACCACAAGUCGACGGUCGAUGACUAUUCGAGCUUGGAAUGGGGAGAGUUUGGGGUCUCGGGGUUCUACCUCUACACCUUGGUCUUUUCAUUCCUGCUUCUCACCCUUCGGCCGGCCACUCCCCUGAGGCGACACCUCAUCGCCCAUCUGGAUGUACUUUUGCUCUUGGGUUUCGCCGUAUAUGCCUAUAGAGACUACUGGCCCCUGUUCACAUUCGACCUCGAAUCCGCCGACAUUCACAACGCCAUCACCUGGUCCCGUGCCGUCAUUCUCACCAUCGCCGCAGUCGUCAUCCCGCUCAUCCGGCCUCGUACCUACACACCUGUUGACCCCGAGAAUCCCACCCCACCAGGCGAGGUGCACCCGGAGCAGACAGCGCCGAUCUUGUCGUACAUCUUUUUCGAGUAUAUGACGGGCUUGGUUUGGAAAGCUUGGAAGUCGCCAAGCUUGCCUUAUGAAGCGCUGCAUCCGUUGGCGGAUUAUGACCGGGCUGCUUAUCUAUAUAAUCAAAACAUGGACAAACUCGACCCGGUCAAACGUAAAGCCAAGGGCCUCAAGCCCCGCAAUCUCGUCAUCCUUCUGGCCUCCAUCUUCAAGAAAGAGGUCGUCUUUGUCUGCGCCAUGACCAGCAUCGCUGCUAUUCUCGAGCUCUCUGGGUCUGUCGGCAUCAACCAGCUCCUCGACUAUCUCGAGAAGAACGGCAAAGGACACACUCUCCGCCCCAUCGUCUGGAUCAUUGUCCUCUUUGCCGGCCCUACUCUCUCUUCCAUGGCUCUCCAGUUUUACAUCUUCACCACCACUCGUACUCUCGUCCGGACCGAGGCGCUGCUCACGCAAUUGUUGUUUGACCAUUCGCUGAGGUUAAGGAUGAAGGAUCAGGUCGAUGAUGAUCGAGAGAAGGAGGUAGAGGAAAUUGACAAUGAGGAAGCAGUUGUGCCUGUGGUCACGGUCGAAGAGAUUGUGGACCAUGCUCCCGGGGCACCUGAAGAGUUGCUUCAUCGGGCGGACAGUGAGACAGAAGGAGAGACUGCUGUCGCCCCUUCGACGGAAGCUACCGAAGUUGGGAGCUCUGCCGGUUCCGACAAGGACAAGGCUACUUCUCGCAAAGCUGCCGCCGACGCUGAAGCUCAAAAGACCAAGGGCCAAGGUCUGGCGGGCAAGAUCAACGUCCUCAUGGCUGCCGACAUUGAUGCUCUCAUCGAAGGCCGUGAUCUUGCCCUCGUCUUUGUCUACACUCCAAUCCAGUUCGUUCUGUGUAUCGCCCUGCUAUACAGGAUUCUCAGCUGGAGUUCCCUCAUCGGGAUGCUUACCAUGUUUAUCACCCUCCCUCUUCCCGGCUUGCUCACCAAGCUCAACGCGCAGUUCCAGCGGAAACGGAUGCUGGCAACAGACUCGAGGAUCGAUACCAUCACUGAAGCGAUCGGUGCGCUGAGGAUUAUCAAGAUGUUUGGCUGGGAAGAUAGGAUCAAGGAGAGGGUGGCGGCAAAGAGGGAGGAUGAGUUGACGCUUAUUUGGCAGAGGAGGUUGAUGACACUCUUUACGACUCUCUUGAACACUGUACUGCCCGUCUUGACGAUGACGGUGACCUUUGCCGUCUACACUACUAUCCAGAAACAGCAACUCACGGCGGCCAAAGUCUUUACCAGUAUGACGGUAUUUGAACUCGUAAAGGGACAAAUGGGCAUGACUUUCUACUUGUUGAACUCUAUCGUCACUGCUUGGGUGUCUGUCGGUCGACUUGACAAGUUCCUGCACGAGGCAUCCUUUCAGAGCGAAAUGAUCGACGAGUACGCUGAGGAGGCUUCUACUGACGACAAGCCCGAAGGCUUGCUCAAAGCUGAAGAAGACGGUGUCGUUCGAUUCCACGAGGCCACCUUCACCUGGGACCCCAAUCCGUCAAACAAAAAUGAUCAGGGUUUCAAGUUAGUCAUUGAAGAUGCCGCAUUCGUCAAGGGCAAGAUCAACUUGAUUGCUGGACCUACCGGUAGCGGCAAGAGUUCUCUGCUCAAAGCACUGGUUGGUGAACUCCAUUUCCACCGAAAAGCCGGUUCAUUCUUCCAUCUGCCCCGCUCGGGUGGUGUCUCAUAUGCCGCCCAAGAAAGCUGGUGCUCCUCCGACUCUAUCCGCGACAACAUCCUUUUCGGCGAGCCCUUCGAAGAGGCCCGAUACUGGAAGGUCAUCAGCGCCUGUGGGCUUGAACCUGAUCUAAAGCUCUUUGAUGACGGUGACCACACCGAAGUCGGAGAGAAGGGCAUCACGCUGAGUGGCGGACAAAAGGCGAGGAUCACUUUGGCGAGGGCCAUCUAUAGCAGGACUGCUGUUGUGCUUCUGGACGACAUAUUCUCUGCUUUGGACACCCUGACUUCUAGGUGGAUCAUCGACAACUUGUUCACUGGCGACCUUGUCAAGGACCGAACCGUCUUGCUUAUUACUCAUCAUCUCCAUCUCAUCGCUCCUGUUGCCGACUAUAUCAUCACUCUCAAUGAGGACGGUACUGCUCGAUCGCAAGGUUCUGUCAAUGACGGAGCUCUUGACCAGGGCGAACUCGAGGAAGUUGAGGCGGCCGAGGUCCAAGAGAUCAAGGAUGCCGAAGCAGAGGAAAAGAAGGAAGAGAAGAAGCCCGCUGCCAAGCUCAUCAAGGAUGAAGAAAAGAGCGAGGGACGUAUCUCCAAGAGAGCUCUCUUUGCGUUCUUCAGAACUUUCGGCGGCCCCGUCUUCUGGUUCCUCUACUUUGGACUCCUUGUCGGUGGUCAAGCCAUGUCCUCUUUCGAGACCUACUGGCUCGGUCGCUGGGCUCGCGCUUACGACGAGUCUGAGAGCCCCAAGGACGUCUCUGUGGCAUUCUACCUCGGCCUGUACUUUGUCUUUGUCCUCAUCGGUCUUGUUGAGCUAGCUGCUUCGGCUAUCUUGUUCUACAUCGGUGCCGUCAAGGCGUCUAGAGAAGUGCACAGGAGACUGGUGAAUUCCAUCUUUGGAGCUUACAUGCGAUUCCUGGACUCUACUCCUGUUGGUCGAAUCAUCAGCAGGUUUACCAAAGAUAUGAAAUCCGUGGAUGGAUCUUUCACCGAGACCUUUGCGAAUGUUGCCGAUGUCACGGUCGGUCUUGCGCUCAAGAUCAUCGUGGUCGUGUCCUUGGUACCGUUAUUCUCUCUUCCCGCUGUCUUCAUUGGUCUUCUUGGAGGUACCAUCGGCGAGAUGUACAUUCACGGUCAGCUCAGUGUCAAGCGAGAAAUGUCCAACGCCAAGAGUCCUCUCUUCUCUCACUUUUCUGCCGCUUUCAAUGGUAUCGUGUCGAUCAGGGCUUAUGGUGCUCAAAACAAGAUGCGCAAUGAAGCUCAGAGGAGGGCGGACAAGUAUACACUCAUCUCUAAAUCAACUGACGUUUAUCUCAGCUUCAACUUCAACCGAUGGGUCACGGUCCGACUUGACAUGUUGGGUGGUCUCUUUGCUGCCUGUCUCGCUGCGUUCUUGGUGUACGGUCCCCGACUCGAUGCCUCCACCGCCGGCUUCGCUCUCUCACAGGCCAUCUCAUUCUCUUCCAUGAUCCUUUGGUGGGUCAGAAUGAUCAACGAGAUGGAGGUGCAAGGCAACUCAGUAGAGCGUAUUCAAGACUAUCUUGACAUCCCUCAAGAACCCGCCUUUGAUGACCGCAAGCAACCCUCUGCUGCUUGGCCCACAUCUGGAGAAAUUGUGCUUGACGGACUCUCUGCCAAAUAUUCCAACGAUGGCCCUAUUGUCCUGGACGAACUCAAAGUCUCCAUCAAGAGCGGUGAAAAGGUCGGCAUUGUUGGGAGGACUGGGAGUGGAAAGUCCACCUUGGCUUUGGCUCUCUUGCGAAUGCUGCCUACCACAGGCAAGGUGCUGAUCGAUGGGGUCGAUACUGCCAAGAUCAACUUACACGCCCUGAGGUCGAAUGUGACUAUCAUUCCGCAAGACCCGAUCCUUCUUUCCGGUAGCUUGCGAUUCAACCUCGACCCCUUUGGCGAGCACGACGAUGCCGAGCUCAACGACGCGCUCCAAUCCUCUGGCCUCGGUGCCACUCGUCAAAGCGGAAUCUCGGGUAGUGUCACCCCUCAACGUCUGUCGCUCGACACCCACAUCUCGGCCGGUGGUGGUAACCUGAGUCAGGGCCAGAGGCAGCUGGUGGCUCUUGCCAGGGCUCUAGUGAGGAACAGCAAGGUUCUCAUUCUUGAUGAGGCAACUGCAUCUGUCGAUUUCGACACCGAUACUCUGAUCCAACAAUCUAUCAGGGAUCUUCCAUCUUCCUGCACUGUUCUUACCGUCGCCCACCGUCUGUCCACUGUCAUGGACUAUGACAAGAUUCUCGUGCUCGGUGCUGGAAAGGUGCUUGAAUACGAUACCCCCAAGAACCUGCAACAGAACAAGGAAAGCUAUUUCGCCAAGUUGGUCCAGGCGAUGGAGGGUAAAGAUGUCGAUAGCACGUAA